AUGGAGGCAGCAGGGAUCAGAUUCUCUCUACAGAGACCUCAGCAGCACAGAGAUCCCACCAUGGCUCCAACAAUCACUGCAGCACUGACCAACUCUCAGGAGCAUCUGGCCCUGAGCCACAAGCUCAGGAAGCCUCUGGUGGAGAAGUUACGCAGAGAGAGGAUCAACAGCAGCAUCGAGCAGCUCAGGUCUCUCCUGCCUCCAGAGCUCCUCAAACAGCAGCCAGACUCCAAGCUGGAGAAAGCGGACAUCCUGGAGAUGACCGUCUGCUUCCUGACUCGACUGCAGCAGCAGCAGCAUCCAGCUGUGGACUCAGCAGCUGCUGAUCGGGGCUACUCCAGAUGUGUCCAACAGGUGGCGCACUUCCUGUCCAAAGACCAGGAGAAGAUCCAGUCCCACAGAAGACUGCUGGACCACUUCAACAAGCUGCAGUCUGAGAAGAACCUGAGAGAGGCUGACUUCUGUCCUCUGAGCUCCACAGUCCAGACCAGCAGCCAGAAAGACAAGAGUCCGGUCUGCAGCGCCCCCUGGAGGCCCUGGUAGA